AUGGCUUUUGGAAGCGUGGCUGAGUAUUUCAACACGCUGAAUCGGCUCAUCGAUACGGCAACCAUAAUGCAAACAUUUAAUAAGGAAGUGCUGCAGAAGAAAAAGGAAGUGAACUGGUUUAUUCCGAUUUUUCAUCAGUUGUGCCGCGAUCUUUUGAAUAUAGCUAAAAUGGCCGAUGAACUUACCGAAAAAGACGAUGAGGUCGAAAAUAUCUCCUCAUAUUACGAACAAUCAGCCAAUUACAUCAUGGAAGCAUACAGGACUUGUACUUCUGAUGUAAGAGCAGAUCCAUCUACAACAAAGAAGAUAGCUAUUCUCAAUAUGACCAAUCAAUUGUUUCGUAUCUAUUUCAAGCCGAGAAAUCGUUAUCGUAUGCGUUUCGCAAUUGUCCUGCUGAAUGCCUAUCAAAUAAACGACUAG